AUGGCUACGAAGCGCUCCGAACUCCUCCAGCGUUACGGCUAUGACUUACUGUUAGGUUCAAUUGCUGCGUUUUACGUGCUUAUGGCGCCGUACACCAAGGUCGAGGAGAGCUUCAACAUUCAGGCGAUGCAUGACAUUCUUUUCCAUCGCCACCACUUGGAUAACUAUGAUCACUUGGAGUUCCCUGGAGUUGUUCCUCGUACCUUCAUCGGAGCAUUUCUGAUUUCAACUUUAGCAUCUCCCUUAGUAUUUGCCAUGCGCUUGCUGCAGUUUCCGAAACUAUAUGCACUCAUCUCAGUUCGCUUGGCAUUGGGUUCUGUCACUCUUGGAACUUUCAGGUUCUUCCGUAUUCAGGUUAGGCAGAAGUUUGGUCAUCAAGUGGAGGGAUUUUUGGUGGUGGUAACUGCAUUUCAGUUUCACUUGCUGUUCUAUUCCACCCGUGGUCUUCCCAAUAUAUUGGCUUUGGGUGGAGUCAACUUGGCUUAUGGGUACUGGCUCAAGCAGAAAUAUUAUGUCUCCCUGAAUUGUCUGAUCUUCGUUGCUAUAGUCUUCAGAUGUGACAUGCUAUUGCUUCUUGGCCCUCUUGGCUUGCAGCUUUUGUUGACCAGAUCUGUUUCAGUUUUUGGCGGGAUUAAAUACUGCCUCGGCUUUGCGCUACUAUCGAUUGGUCUUACCAUGUCCAUUGACUCCAUUAUGUGGAAAAGACUAUUGUGGCCAGAAUUUGAAGUAUUCUGGUUCAACUCUGUUCUUAACCGAAGCUCUGAAUGGGGUACACAUUCCUUCCAUUGGUACUUCACUUCAGCUCUCCCACGUUCUCUACUUGCUGCAUAUCCUCUUUUCAUGCUUGGUGUUGUCCUAGAUCGAAGAGUUCGGUACUUUGUUCUUCCGGUUGUCUUGUUCAUUUUGCUUUACUCUAAGCUUCCACACAAGGAACUGCGAUUUAUAAUUAGUUCUGUUCCAAUGUUCAAUCUCUCUGCUGCUGUUGCAGCAAGCAGAAUCUAUAACAAUAGGAAGAAGACAUUAUGGAAGUUGUAUAAUUUUAUCUUGUUGGGACUACUCUUGAUCAGUGUAGGGUGCACUGCAGUGUCUUUCAUGGCAUCUUAUGAAAAUUAUCCCAGUGGUCAUGCAUUAAAAGAGUUGCACCAGAAUGUUGGCGAUGUUUCUGAUAAUGGCCAAAUAUUGGUUCAUAUCGAUACCUUUUCAGCCAUGAAUGGAAUAUCACGCUUUUGUGAAAAUGGUUACCCAUGGAGGUACUCUAAAGAAGAGGGCAUUCCUCUUAAAGAAUACAAGCAGAGAAAUUUUACAUAUCUUGUAAGUGAGCAUUCAAGUGUUGAUAGAUAUGAGUGUUUAUUUUCUGUGAAUGGCUUCUCGAGGAUUCUUCUUCAACAUGGCUUCCCUCCUGUUGCCCUGGUGAAAAAGCCAAAGGUCUACGUUCAUGGGGAUGGAAAAGUCAUGGAUAUAAAAUGGCGGGGCUGCUCUUGA